AUGAUAUUUUCCAUAUUGUAUGAAUUAUUCAGAAUAUUUAUUGAAUCCUACACCACUGAAUGCAUAUAUUCACCUACAAGAGCCACCAGUUUGGAAUCCUUGCCUGAUGAAGUUCUAUUACAAAUUAUCGACCAUUUGAAUCAACUUGAUGUAUUAGACCUAAGUCUUGUCAACUCAAGAUUUCAUUCAUUAUGUAUGAAUAAAUUAUACAAGAGGGCUCUAUACACAGACCUUCCUAUAAUACUCCAUCGGAAAAUGAAUUCAUUUCUCUAUACAAAAUUUACAGUUCUAAAUACUUUACACGAACCCCAAAAUGCUAAAUUUCAAGAAGCUAUCGAUUGUCUGCAUUGUCCAGUUAAACUGUGGAAAGAAAAUUAUGUUAUAUCUUGUAAAAGAUGGCAAUCAAUGCUACUGGAAGAGUUUAAUCAAACAUCAAUUCAAAAAUUUCGUAUGUUACGGAUAUGUUUACCUCAGGGUUCUUACGCUUAUAUUAAUGACUUAAAGAAAGAGGUGAAUAGAUUACACUCAGUGGAGAAAUUAGAAAUUUGUAUAUCAGAUGAGAGCUCUGACGAUAUAAAACAAUUACAAGGAAUCUUUAUUGGAGUUCACUCAUUAUCUUUGGAUGUUUUUACGGUCAAUAAAUUUCCAUUACACGAAGUUUUGGCCCUUUUUCGUAAUGAGAACAUCAAAGAACUUAAAUUGAGUAAUUGUACUUAUUUAAAGAGGUUCCUCCGGACUCUGAUAAAGUCAAUGCAAAACUUAGAAACACUUAUCAUAAAUCAUCCAUUAUUGAGAAUUCAAAAAAGUACUUUAAAACAUUUAUAUAAUACUCCACUUCAAAAAUUUUGUUUAGACAUUGAACCAAAGGAAUCAUUAAACGGACUUAAAUACAACAUCGAGUUAGUGAAAGCCUUAUUUAAGUAUUGUGGAUCCACUCUUGAGCUUGUCAAGAUUAACAUAUCACCUCUUUUCGAAACAACUUCAUUUUUCUCUAUUGAUUUAUUUUAUCCUAAUGGCGAGGAUAACUGUAAAGGGAUCAAGAAAAGUAUUAAACGUUUGAUAUCUUGGAUAAAAGAUAAUAUAAACAGAUUUACAAAGUUAAGAUAUUUCACAUUCUACGAUUACCUGUUCAUAAUAGAUAGGAAUGUAGUACCAUGUCAAUGGAUUCAAAUUAGUGGUAAAGAAUUGUGACCUCUUAUUAAUUGAUACAAAAGAUUAAAUACAUAUUAUUU